GCUUCGCGUCCACGCCGGUGGUGGCCGUCACGCGUGGGGUGUCAGGUGAUUGCAAUUGUUACUCACGCAGGUACCUCCGAGUUUGUGACUCUCGAUCACGGCGGCUUUUGCGCCCAGCUCCGCUGCCCUCCGAGCCCCCGCCAGACCUCCCGAACCUCCGCCGACCACCAGGAAGUCGAACCGGGUCACCUCGCUUGUUGCUGCUGCCAUUCCGCGACGGACUACGCCGAAAGACGAGAAAUGCCUAGCGAUGAAUGAAGAGAAGAAAAGCGAGGGUGUUAGUGUGCCAGUUAGGCGGGUUAUUAUCGCCAUAACCAGGAAGCAGACAAGCGGUGGGGUGUGACAAACGAGAGAGAGAGAGAGAGAGAGGGAGGGAGGGCCAAGCGAAAGGCAGUGGCUGCUGUGUCAUUAUGAAUCGCAACAAUGGCGUCCCUGCAAUGGUCACAGUGGCGCUCACUUCACAACAACAGUAAACAGUGGAGACACAUGUGGACGCUCGUGUGAGGCUGUGCAAGUGGGUGGAGCUGCUGGUGAUGCUUGCCCCAGGUGACCAUUCAUCAUGAAGCCUGUCAACUAUCAGAGCUUUCCAUCCAUGGUGCACACCGUACAACCACACAGUGCCUUGGUAUGCACGCCGAAAUCUUCCGACGCGAUGUAUUGCAGCAAGUGUGGAUUUGCCACGUCGGACAUGGACUUGUUGAAGAAGCAUAUGCUUGACCACAUGGGGUCCAAACUGUGCUGUUUUUACUGCCAAAAGGCCGUAUACAGCAAGGCGGAGCUAAACGCUCACCUGGAAGAACACCUCAGGUCGACUUUCUCAUGCCCUCACUGUGGACAGGGCUACAUACGGAGGAUUGGCCUUUUGAAGCACAUUGAGCGCGUGCAUAAUAAAAACAUUAGUCAAGGACCUAAAAAGGUUGGCGUAAGCAAAGAUCCCCAGGUCUGUAAUGCCUUACCAAGUGUGCAAUGUGCUGAGCCCUCAAUGCGGCCACAGGUUCAAGUGAAUGUGCCAUCCCUCAACACGCCCGCCGUCAGUCUUGUUAAAGACGGGCAGAAAGCUAGAACAAUGAGCACAAUGCUUCCAAUUGCUUCAAAUGGUGUUCAAGAUGGCAUUUUUAAUCACAACAGGGCUUUAACAGUAUCGCUCCCAGAAGAAGUAAGUAUACCUGCUGGCUGCCUCGUUGAACUUGUGGAAGUGAAAACUGUCAAUGGGUCCAAGGAGCUAAAGCUGAGGCUGGUGUCACAACAAGAAAAUGAGGCCGGAAUGAAAGAUACAAGAACAACAGUACAACAAAAUGUCACAGUGGGCAAGACUUUGGCGUCCAAAUUAAAUCCCCAAAAUGCAGUAAAGUUGACAAAUAUGGGAAUGUGCGUGGUGAACAGAAAGCAGUUGGAAACAAAGAUGGCGGAUCAGCAAUGCACUGCUGUUAAAACAGUCAGCACGUCCAAAAUCCUUGUCUCAAAUCAAAUGAGCAAAGAGAAAGGAACACUGAAGAGGAUGUCACAGGAAGUCAUUAACUUAGACAGUCCGACCAAGGUUUCGAAAACGGUCUGCAAUCCCGUGAGAGAGAGGAAUGAAAUUCCACCGAGGCGAAUUGAUCCUGUCCACGGAUGUGCGAAAGCAGCCACUGUUCCCUCCACCGGUGAGACCAGCAUGUUGACCUGCCUCCUGCAGCCGGUAAUAACGGGAUCACGUCGAUAUCAGCAAACGGCAACAGAUGAAAGACUGAAAAGUAUUCCAGAACAUUGCAAGCGUAUUCCCCUUGCAAAUGCAGCCAGGACAGAAAGUUCUCUCCAAGACACGCUUGCUGCUGUUAAACGUGAAGCCGGUGCGCUUUGCUUCAAUGAUAACAUUGGCUCCAAAGUCAAAGACUCUCCAAAGGUCAGGAACACUCCAGCAGGUGUCAACCAGCAAAGUCACAAACCCAAUUCCUUGAAGGUUCCUUCAGGUGCACCUGUCAGAGUGUUACCUUCAACAGUUCAUCUUUGCAAGGAAAGAGAUACUCCUCGUUCGUCUUUCGCAGGUCCUGCAACUGUGCAGAGGACAGUCAACGUGUCCACAUCAGCCAAAAUGCCCGUGGUGUCAUCCAGCUCCAAGUCAAACAUUCCAGCUUGGCCUCAGGGUUUGCCCAGUAAGCAGGCGUCUGAGAGAGACACACCAAAGCCUGAGGGCUUUCCAGUCAUCUCCUCUGUUUUUUCCCUGAGCGAACAGCCAGGAGUCGCUCAGGGCGCCAUGCAGCCGCUGGUUAUGGCACUGCGGGGCAUCGUGAUGGACAAAAGCAACACCACUGAGAAGUUGACACUAAAUGUCGAUUGCAAAGAUCGGUUGCAGAUAAACCGGACGUGUAAUUCUGUGAAAUUAGAAGGUAAUACAAAAGUUAUUCACCAACAGCUGCCUAUCCCAGUGCUGAAUGACUUAAAGGAUGAUGUCAAGGUGGAGAAAACCAGCUCGACGCAGACGGACAACUGCAGCCACGCUCUGGACUUGAGAUCGAAAGAUGUCAAGCCUGUUUCUAAAAAUGCGUCUGAUGCGUCGGCCAUUUCUGCUGGUACAAAUCAGCAGUAUGACAUCUCCAAAUUCUUGACAGUUCCGUUGAUGAGAGUGGACGAACGUGGCAUGUGGAUGAACAGCAGGAAGGGACCUGAACCCCUAGCUACUCAAUGUGACGCGCCGAUACCCGCGCGAGAGCCAAGAAAGGGCACCACCAUUCGCCUGAUGCCACUCAAGGCGGAACAGCUGGUGACGUGGCCGGGCCCGGACCAGCCCGUGGUCGUGCUCAAUCACCCGAAGCCACGGUUCCCAGUCAGUGAGACGGUUGACACUGUUGCUGAUUCCGCAAGCCCAGAAAAGGCCCCCAAGUGUCAAAUAUUAAAAAUGAGGCUGGGCAAAGUGAUGGGGCAGAAAUAUGAGGUUACAGGCUGCACUGUCAAGUUCUCCCAAUGAGCUGUUCACAGUAUCUACAGUGGAUAUAAAAGUCUACACACCCCUGUUCAAAUGCCAGUUUUUGUGAUCUAAAAUAUUACACUAAGAUCAAUCCUUCCAAAACCUGUCCCACGAUAAAUGUGACCUAUGGCCUGUACAAUGCAAUUGGACAAAACAUCUUUUGGAGGGGAAGUAAAACUAAACAAAUGAGAUAAUGCAGUUGCACAAGUGUGCACACCCCCUGAGAACUGGGAUGAGGCUAUGUUCAGAAUUAACCAGUCACAUUCAAACUCAUGUUAAAUAGAAGUGCCAUUUAAAAUGUCUCCGAUUAACCCUACGUAAAGUUCAGAUGUUCUUGAAGUCUUUUUCAAAAUGUUUUACUUCCCCCAUGCUAACAGCUUUCAAAUAUUUUUUUCAAUUGAGAUGUACAGGUUAUAGGUCACAUUAAUGGUAGGCUUUUAAUAUCCACUGCAUACAUGGAAACUGUAUAUAUGUGGAAACUAUUACAAUGAAGAUUUUUGGAAAUAUAUAUCUAAGCUGAUGACAAAAAAAUGUUUGCUUUUCUACUGCAAAAUGAUUAUAAUUGUUUUUAUUUUUAUUUUUUUUUGCCCCAGCCUGCCUAACUGUCUCUGUUUGGAAAGCACACACAAGGCAGAGCAUGUAACUGACAGGAAAACGUAUCAGGAAUUACGAGUAAAUAUAGAGGGUUCUAGUAAGGUUACUCCAAGUCUUCAGUAGCUGCAAAUAUUUCAUAAUUAUACAGUUUAUCCAGAGUGAGUGAAGGAUAUGUAACAGUGGGAAAAGUAAUACAUUGUGACACACCCAUGUGUCAAAUUUAUUACAUAGUAAAAAUUAUUUAUUUUGCAGUUUUGCUUUUCUCAAUUGAGUUGCGUUUGGAGAUGUACGGUGCUUUGUUAAAUUGCACAUCAACAAA